AGUAAAACGGUGCAAUUUGCAAACUGCAUUGGUAUUUGGCAUUCCUAAAUUGUCAUAUUUGUCAGAAAGGAAGUGUAAGCACAUUGUGAUUUUUUUUGUCGUAAAUUAUAAAAUCGUAUAAUUUGUAUAUUAUUUUUUUUAUAACAAGUCCAAAAAUAUUAGCUGUUAUUACUCCAAAUGGCGAAACUCAUAAUUUGAAACCCUGUUAAAAUUUAUGGAAAGUGCCCGUUUACAAAGCAACAUACUGUGUCCAGUAAGAAGUAUGUGUAGAAAUGAAGAAAUGUGAUGUCCACCGUAACCGUACUGAACGGGAGCCUCCAGACCGUUCGGCAAAUGACCGAGAUCCAUUGAUAAAGCCUCCGGUUAUCGUACAGGAGGAUCCUCACGAUAAUCAGAAUUUAUCGUGCGGCAUUUGCACGAUGUUUCCGUCGUGCAUGUCACUGCUGCCGCGGCGGAAUGAACCGCGCCCGCCGAAGCCCGGUCAGGCGCCGGUCGUGCUCAAUGUGUACGAUAUGUACUGGACCAAUUGGUACACAGCCGGCGCUGGUGUCGGUGUGUUCCACAGCGGCGUGCAAGUCCACGGCUCCGAGUGGGCGUACGGCGGGCACCCGUACGCGUUCACCGGCGUGUUCGAGAUAACGCCGCGCGACGAGCGCGAGCUCGGCGAUCAGUUUCGGUUUAGACAAAGUGUACAUAUAGGAUAUACCGACUUCAGCGAAGAGGAGGUGCGCCGGCUUGUCACCGAAUUGGGCAAGCAAUUCCGGGGCGACAGGUACCACCUCAUGAACAAUAACUGUAAUCAUUUCACAUCCGCCUUUUGUCUGGCGCUGUGCGACAGAGACAUUCCCGCGUGGGUCAAUCGUCUUGCGUACGUCAGUUCCUGUGUGCCAUUUUUACAGAGAUGUUUACCGAAGGAAUGGCUGACGCCGGCCGCGCUGCAGCAGUCGCUCGCCGUGCACUCGCGCUCCUCCUCGCCCGCCACGCCGCAAUAGCACCACGAGGCGCUGCAAUGAUGCAGACGAACAGACAAAAGUGUUGUGCGUUAUAUUAGUAUUAAGUUUAACGUUUAGCUAACGAUAAGUUUGGCGCAUUGUCGACUGGUUAUCGAUGCGUUGUUUUGUAUUUAUUCAUACAUCUUUUUUUAUUUAUGUUUUAUUUUUUUUAUUUUUCGGAUAGUUCAUAUGUUAUGGACUAUCCGCUAUGGACAAGUUACUUAAUUCUUAUGUUGGUAUGCUGUAUUUGUAGCAAUUUCGUUGCUAAAAUUUCUCUUAAAACGCCUUUAUUGACAAUUCUGUAAUGAUACGCAAUAUGAACAGAGUUAAGUGUAAUUUAAAUUGUAAUUUAAAAUCUAAAAAGUACAAAACUGACGCAUCGAAUUGACAAUGUAGUUAUAUUAUAUUAAUAUUAUUAUAAUAAGGAUAACUGAUUAUAUAUUAGGUUUUAUUAUAAGGAGCCUGUUUCAAUGCUUAAAUGGACUUUUAUGUUAAGUCCGUGAUGAAGUUUCUCAUCGUGGAUCUGUUUUUAACCGACGUUCCAAAAAGAAAAAAAAGGUUCCCAUUUUUUGACGAUUAUUUUUUUUUUUGUUAGUCGACAACUCCGUGUGUUUUCAACCGAUGGACGUGAUUCUUGUUGUAUUUGAUAGGGAAUUGUUGUCAUUUGGUCUGAUUUUAAAACUAGAGUCGUAUCAGUCUUCUUAGGAACGUCGGUGAUCCGUUUUUGUAGAGAAGAAUUAUAUAAAUCAUGUUUUGCUAGCGUUAUAUUAUUUUAUUUGCCGUAUAAUUUUAAUCUGUAGCACCUACAAUAAAAAAAGAAAGAAAGAAAAAAACAAAGAAACAUUAAUUGAAAUAAACGGAUUGAAACGCUACUUAAAAAUGACCACUUAUGUGUAUAACCGUUUGUGCAGUGGAAUAGUUAACAAUAAACAUUAUAAUAGUCAAGUUGUCAGUUUGUUAUCCAGUGGAGGUAAAAAAUCAAUACAGUUGUAUCUUAUGUAUAGAUAAUUAAAUAAAUAGACACGUUACAUACAUCCGUCUCAUACCCGCAUAUGGGAGAUAAUAGACUACUUGGUUAGUCUAUGGUCUUACAUGAAUCGAGCUAAUACAAUAUUUGAAUAAGUUUCUUUGCAUCAUAAAAGUGAGUAAUUGCCUUAAAAACCACACUGAUAACUCCAAAAUAAAUAUAAUUCUAAAUUUAUCUUUUUAUUAAGGAUUAAAAAUAGUUACUUUUUUCAUAUAAAUAAAAAAGUAUCACACAAAAUUCAUAUUCGUAAUUAACGGACAAUAAUUCAAAAUUCACGCAUUAUAGCAGUCGUUAACAUUACACUUUACAUUAAGGUACACAACACUUUUAAAAAUAUCUCACGUUCAGUAAUAAGCUUAAUGGUGCCUUGAAGUGACAGCACUGUUUACGAACGUAAGUUGUUUCGAAUUAAUUUUAUUAAAAUAUAAUUAAUUCAUAAAUAAGUUAAGGCGCUCGUGCAUCUCUUAUUUAUAGACUAGCUACGCACAUUUCACGUGUACACAUCGAAUGUUUUAUUCAUUAUCAAGAAAUUAAUAGUUGUGCCUUAUACAUAAGACUUAAACCACGGCUAAAUUUUGAAGCAAUAGCGAUAAGUUUCUCAUUCAGUUCUGCGGCUGCUCAAGUUAUAGUUCCUACAUUGAAAUAGUUCAACUAAUGGUUUUCGUUUACACAAUGAAAGGGGCAUUUAUCUAUUUGUAUAUGAAAUCGAAAUCUUUACUUAUUGAAAUAUAAUUUUUUGAAGGAAAAUGUGACAACGUGCAUGUUUUUAAAUAACUCUAAAAAUCAUUAUAAAGAAAUUACUCAAUGUAGUAUAUUUGUUAUUCACUACAAAAUUGGUCCUUCGAGCCGGAUAAACAAGCAAAAUUUUAGCUACAAUGUUAUGAAGUCAAUAAAGACGUGAAAAUUUACGAUACUUUAUUAUAUCUUCAAUAUAGUAAGUUAAUUUAAAUUUUUGAAAUAACUAUAAUGCCUCGGAGGAUAUAUCUCAAUGUCUAAAUGUCUCUUUCAUUUUGCCAAAUGGAAAUAGAUGAUAUAACCCAUAUUUGAUGACAACUUUGCUGUAUUUUAUCACGUUUCGUGUAAUUAUUGAAUAAUAUACGUAGUUGUAGUUGUCCGUCCGUUGAAAUUUUUAGAUUUAACGUUGGCAUAGCUCAUUAUAACAACAUUACUUUAACCAAUAUUAUAAGAUGUGUUAUUCUUCGAGAUUGUAAGAAUAUAAUAAUUUCGUCAAUACGUUUAAAUGUCCGCCUGCGAAUGAUUUAAAUUUAUAAUACCUAUUAUUACGAUAAUGUUCCGCAUUUUUCAAAAUGUCAUUCAAAUUUAAAUUCCGAUGUUAAAAUAUAUUCAAAAACAAAAAACAAAAUUAUUAUAUUCCGUAAAUCUUAUAAAAACUAAUUAUUAAGAAUCUAUGAAAUUAAAUUAUACUUCUAAGUGUUUCUCGAUUUCGUAUUAAAGUGCCAUGUUGUUAAAUACUAUUUAAAUGAAAUUAAUCCCAUCUUAUAAUGUAGUAAACAAUUUUAACUUGUUAUCUAAUAUCUAACGGUAGGUAUAAACGGGCAGACUUAGAACACAUUUUUUUAUUUUCAGUAAAUAAAGGAAUCGAGGUAAUCCUUUACUUCAGGAAUGAAGAUACAUAACCUUCUACAAAUUAUAACCAAACUCCAUAACUGAAUCGAACUAGACAUUAUUGCUUCUACAAUUGAUACAGGUGGGUUACCGUGACGUCUUAAAGCAGUUCUAAUUCCACUGUGAAAAAAGUAUGUACGCAAUUAUUAAAAAAUGUCAAGAGUUAAAUGAAAUGGAGUAUUGACUAAGAUGCAAUUAACAUAUGCUAGUACUUUGGGACAAAAUUAUAUGAAAAGUAAUAAAUCCAGAAAAAUUAUUGUUACGGUCACUCACUUGGAUAAAUUUGGUAUCUACCUAUUGUAUACUAACGUGUACUAUAUGUACCUAGGUAUAGGUACCUAGAUUAUUUUGAACCAUUUUCUUCUGAAAGUAUUGAUGUUCGAUAGAUAGGUGUAAAUAUAGAAUUAAUUAGGUUUACUUGACAAUGCGCCAGUGAAAUGACGUUUUUCACAAGGAUAGU